GUUUUAGCCUUUAGGAAAAGGCAGACACGUAAGGCAGGCUCCGUUCGCCUGGUUUCCUGAAUUCGCUCCGCCCGAUUUCUCAGGGUCCAUUUCAAAGAGAAACGACCAAGUAAACUACAGAUUGAGUGAAUAAAUUAUAUAAACCCUUGCCAAAAUCUUCCUCCCCCACCACCAAAACGUGGAUAAGAAAGUUUUAUACAGUCAGUCAUUUACAGAGGCUUUGAACAAUGGAUGAAGAUCACAACAACGGCGGCUUUUUGGAUAUGGGAAAAGCUGAUAGAUCGGUUUGGUUGAUGAAGUGCCCCGUGGUGGUCGCCAAGUCAUGGAAGAGCCAACUAGCUUCUUCUUCUUCUUCUUCUGAUUCUCAGCCUCUCGCCAAGGUUGUCUUCUCCCUCGACCCUCUCAAACCCGACGACCCUUCUUUACACCAGUUUACUAUGGAGGUGGCUGGAUCAGAGACCGAAAGAAUACCCAAAAGCUACUCUUUGAACAUGUUCAAAGACUUUGUUCCUAUGUGUGUCUUCUCUGAAUCAAGUCAAGGUUCGGUUGCAAUGGAAGGAAAAGUUGAGCAUAAAUUCGACAUGAAACCGCAUGAGGAAAACAUCGAGGAAUAUGGGAGAUUGUGUCGAGAAAGGACAAAUAAGUCCAUGAUCAAGAACAGGCAAAUACAGGUUAUAGAUAAUGACCGUGGAGUUCAUAUGAGGCCAAUGCCUGGAAUGGUUGGCUUGAUUUCAUCCAACCCCAAGGAUAAGAAGAAAACAAUGCCAGUUAAACAAUCAGACGUGAAAAGAACCCGAAGGGAUCGUGGGGAACUGGAAGAUAUAAUGUUCAAGCUGUUUGAGAGACAACCAAAUUGGACUUUGAAGCAACUUGUCCAAGAGACUGAUCAGCCUGCUCAAUUCCUUAAAGAGAUACUGAACGAGCUCUGCGUGUACAAUAAGAGAGGCGCCAAUCAAGGAACCUACGAGCUUAAGCCAGAGUAUAAAAAAUCUGCAGAGGACACUGCAGCUGAAUAGGUCAGAUAUAGCUGUAAUUUACGUUUCCCUUUUUCUCUGGUUAAUCGGAAUAUGUCUGAAAACAACCCUCAUGAAGAUGACAGAUAAAUAGAUAGACAAUAAUAGGAAGAAGGAAACAUAGCUGUAGCUAUUAACUUUGAUGUCCACAUGAUAUAAUCUAUUGUGAUAUUCGUACUUUGUGAA